GCGCAUCAACAGGCCUCUCAGAAGUGGACCAUACCUGAGCUGGGGCCCGAUGCAGAACGGGGAGGCUAUGAGCCCGCAGGACUCCAAGGCAGCAGGGGCUGAGGCCAUGGAGGAGCAGAAGGCCCAGAACCAGAGCCAGAAUCAAGGGUGUAUGGAGCCCACAGCGCCUCCGCUUCCUCCUCCUUCACCACCACCAUCAGGGCCACCAGAAUACCCAAGACCUAGGCUCAUCUUCCACACCCAGCUGGCUCACGGGAGUCCCACAGGCCGCAUCCAUGGAUUCACCAACGUGAAGGAGCUGUACGCCAAGAUUGCUGAAGUGUUCCACAUCUCCCCCUCAGAGAUCCUGUUCUGCACCCUCAACUCUCAUAAAGUGGACAUGCAGAAGCUACUGGGCGGGCAGAUUGGACUGGAAGACUUCAUCUUUGCUCACGUCAGAGGAGAGACCAAGGAGGUGGAGGUGACAAAGACAGAAGAUGCAUUGGGCCUGACUAUCACAGACAAUGGAGCUGGAUAUGCUUUCAUCAAGAGGAUAAAGGAAGGCAGCACCAUAGACCGGCUGAAGACAGUAUGCGUUGGUGACCACAUCGAGGCCAUCAAUGACCAGAGCAUUGUAGGGUGUCGACACUACGAGGUGGCUAAGAUGCUAAAAGAGCAACCGAGAGGCAUACCCUUCACUCUCCGCCUGGUGGGGCCCAAGAAGGCUUUUGACAUGAUUGGAAUGAGGACCAGAGCGCCAAAAUCUAAUGAGGGAAAGAUGGUGAACGGGAGGGAGACUCUGCGUCUUCGUUCCAAGGGUGCUGCAACAGUUCAGGAAGUGCAGAAUGAGUUUGAAGAACAGGCCACAAAGAAAGUGGAUGACCUGCUGGAGAGCUACAUGGGCAUCAGAGAUCUGGAGCUGGCAACCACCAUAGUGGAAGCAGGCAAAGACAAGAAGAACCCAGACGACUUUGCAGAAGCCUUGGACUCAGUUCUGGGAGAUUUUGCUUUCCCUGAUGUGUUUUUGUUUGAUGUAUGGGGAGCUAUUGGAGACGUCAAGAAUGGUAGAAUUUAGAUAUUUGCUAUAUACAUGAGAGAAGAUAGAUAGAUAGAUAGAUAGAUAGAUAGAUAGAUAGAUAGAUAGAUAGAUAGAUAGAUAGAUAGAUAGAUAGAUAGAUAGAUAGAUAGAUGGAUAGAUAGAUAGAUAGAGAGAGAGAGAGAGAGAGAGAGAGAGAGAGAGAGAGAGAGAGAGAGAGAGGCCUCUGUUCUCUGAGAAAAAAUAAUGUGCAAACGUUUUAAAUGAUGCCUUCCCAGUCCUAAUUAUUUUUAACAAUCCAUUUAACCUCUUAAGAUCCAGAUAACUCUGCUCCUAACCCAACCACACCUGUAUAGAAUAGAACUGAAUAGGUGGGUUUUAACAGGUUAAAAUGUGACAGGGAGUGCAAUUACUUGGUUAGUUAAUUUCCCCAUGAGCAGGUCAUCACUCUUGAUCUUAAAUCUUUACAAUAAACACAAAACACAGAAAAUAGCCUUUAAAUACAUUUGCAUUGAAAUCAAAGAUUGAAAUGAAUCUUUAGGGUGUAUCUAUCCCUAUACAUAUACACCAUUUUUUAAUGUAAGCACUGGGUCAGGAAACUGCGUAACAGUGGACAAUGAGCUAGUCAACUAGGAAUCAAGGAAAUUAGAUAAGCAAGACCCUUUUCCUCUGAUGAAGUCCCGCCAGGAAAAACAGGAACAAGGAAACACUUUUGGGUCAUCCCAGAGUCAGAAUGUAUUAGCCGGCUUCUCCAUUACCAAUACCCUAUAAAAGUUAAAGAUUUACGUGGAUGUUUUAUAAAUUAUAAAAUGUUUGUACUGGUUUACCUUUUUCAAAAUAACCAAAGGGCCCCAGUGCAAAUAGAACUUCAAAAAAUAAAUUUCAAGUUAAAUAUUGUUAGUACUCCAAGUAAGUGACUGAUGUGACUUAACUAAAAAAAAAUGUUUUUAGGACAUUAAUCAAAAUUGUCAUAAAAAUGGAAUCAUCUGGGAACAACAAGGUUCCAGCUGCAAAUCACAUUUUCCCACAUGGUGGUUACUGUCAAAAGGAUCCAAGCCCAUAACUUCCCACAAUAAAUAAAUAAAAAAGUUCCCUGCAGAUAUUUUGCCUUGAAAUAAUGAAGAGAGAUCUUCAUGAUCAUGCACUAAUAACAGUUAAAAUAACACUGUGUAACAUAUUCAUUUGCUUCCCACUUUUUUUGCCACAAGUUCAAAGGAAACAGUUUUGGUUUGUUUCAAAGACAGAUUGUAAAUAUACUGGAUCAGUAUCUUCAGUAUCCCUGUUCUUAGUUUCAAUGUGCUGCGUUCUCUUUCUGUCUCUGCAUUGGAGAGUAUUUACUGUAAAAAGAAAAUAAAACAUCAUACUAUAUGUUGGAUUUUGACAGUUAUAUGUUUUCUGGCUCACCCGAACAAUGUGAACAAUGUAUAAAGUCACUUUUUAUACAUGUAAGCAAGUAAACACUGACCUGCCAAAUUUCAAAAUGUAGUUUGAUUUGACUUCACUCAUUCUGGCUACACUCUUUCAGCUACAUCAGUAUUUGUCUGAUAGUGAUGUUUUUGUUUUACAACUUUGUAUAUGAUUGCAGCUCUUGAUGAAGACCUGAAAAUGUAUGGCACAUAAUCACAUGUUUAAAUUGUAAGUAAAAAGAUUGUGAUCAUA